AUCCGACCGUGGAGCUGCUGCAGGACAACCCGUGCGUGACAGAGCUGCUCACCUCUGUGCUGGCCCUGCCAGAGCCCAGCCCUGGAAUCCUCUCCUUCACCCUGCAGCUAGCUGGGAUCCUUGGCUCGUCUGAAACUCGCUUCCAGCACCUCCAGGAGGAGAAGCUGCUGGCGAGGCUGUUUGGCCAGGAGGGGCCCCGGAGCAGCGCGGCAUGGGAGGACGCAUCGGUGCGCAGCGGCUGGGUGAAGGGUGUGCACAGCAUGGUGCACCACCAGCCUGCACUCCACUUCCUCUGCAGCACUGGAGCCAUAGAUGUGAUCUUCGCUCUGCAGGGGGAUCCCAGCCUGUUUGUGGCUUCAGCUGCCAGUCAGCUCCUGGUGCACACACUCACCUUCUCUGGAGAGUCUGAGACAUCCCAACCUCUCAGCACAAAGGACUGUGACUGGCCAGUGUGUGCCCAAAUGAUUGUAAAGCACACAGAAGAUUCACUUCAGUCCAGCUCUGCCCCUCACAUCGAGCAGUCAUUAAAGCUGUUAACCAGUUUGUUUGGAAGUUGUUUUGCUGCAUGGACCAAAGUGCUUUGGUUGGGCAUAGCAAAGCAGAUAGAAUCCUUUCUGAUGGAAGAGACUUUCCAAGCACAGCACCUGCUGGCAAGUCUGUUGCUUAACGUGGCACGAUCCCCUGUGUUUUGUGACACUGAAGGCAGUUUUUGGGCACUAGUGACUUCUGCUCUGGAACACUUAACCCCAGUACAAGCAGGUCCUUUGGCAGUGGGACUUCUGAGGCUCUGCAAAUGCCCACAAGAUGUGAGGAUUCAGGCACUGACUGUUCUACUUCAGCCAAUGGACUGUAUUUUGAGAGCAGCCUCCCAGCCUCUGGAAUAUGCAGGUGUGCUGGAUGAGUCUGUUAGUGAUCCCAUCACUGUUGAAAGUCUUCUGUCCUCCAAGACAUCUUGUGCUGGUCUCCUGUGUCAGACCCUUGCUCACCUGGAGAAGCUGCUGUCUCUGAUGCAUUUAAGAGUGGAUUUGCCCUACACAUCUUUGUUGCACUCUCUCGUGGCAAUAUUGCAAUUCUGUAAUGGAUUCCUGAGUCCAACUUCUCCUCUGGGCAGCACAAUAAGCCGAAACCUGAUCAAUUGCUUCAGGGUGCAGAAGUCAGCCCUUGAUGUCCUUGCAGCUCUCUCAACGCAAAAAGGCUGUGACACACUCAUAGGAAGCCUAUUUGAUGUCCUUCUGGCAUACCUGGAGAGUCCAAACACGAGCCCUACUGUCCUAAAGAAAACCUUUCAAGCUACAUCCAAGUGGUUGGUGCGUUUGCAGGAGCUGUCCUGCUCCAACAGUCAGCGGCAACAAACUGAGAAGAUUUUGGAAGAUGUGUUUCUGGUGCUGCAGAAGCGUUUGUGCAGUCCUUGCUGGGAAGUAAGAGAUUCUUCUCUGGAGUUCCUCACUGCCAUGAUUCAAUGCUUGAGAGACCAGGAUGAGUUCAGGCAGGCUCUCCUGUCUUCAGAGGUGCUGAGGCUUACAGAAAACCUGCUUGAGGAUCCAGAAAGCUACGUGCGAGCAAGUGCUGUGACUGCUGUGGGACACUUGGCCUUCAUCGCUUACUUUGCUCCAGAGUCACCUGUCGCAGGGAAUCACUGUAACAAGGAGAACACUGUAGCAAAGCUCCAAGAAAUCUUGUCAACAGACUCAGAGGGCUUUCCUAGGAGGGCUGUGAUCAGCAUCUUCACCAAGUGGCUGAAACAAGGCUGCACAGGUCAGCUGGAAGAUACAGAGCAGUUUGUCUCUAGAGUCAUCCAGACUGUGGAGCAUGACUUAGACUGGGAAGUCAGACUUGGAGGUUUGGAACUGGUUGAAGUUUUCUGUAGUCAGACAAUUUGCCAGCUUGGCCUUUCUGAAUGCCCCUAUGCUCCUGUCCCCUCUGAAGUCACCAGUUCCACCCACCAAAACAAGCUGCUGCAGGUAUUUUGCAGAGCAAAACUGUUUGGCUUUUUGUUUUGCUCUUUGUGUGACUGUGACAAACCAGUGGGUCAGAGAGCCUGUGAUAUCCUGAUUGGCUUGAGAGGUAAUUUCUAUCCAAUGAGUACUUUGGAGAAUCCACUAGAGACUGAAGAUUCACCUGCAGGACGCAGCGUUGCCUGGUUACAGAGGACACUGAGACAGGGUUCUCUGGCCCAGAACUUCCCCACAGAUGGUGGUAAUGGGGUGGAUUUUCAAGAUCCAGAGAGCAUGAUGCUAGCUUUGGGUGCAAUAGACUUACUAGAGCUACAUGAUGAGCUAAAUAAAAGUAGUGACCAUGUGGAGGAAAGUCCUCAGUCCCUCUUACAGGACAUCCUUGCUGCUGUGGGGACCACAGAGGAGAAUGAAGUUGACUGUUACUGA